AUGUCGAAUUGGUGUGAUACUGGGAUCCUCGCUCCGCUCUUGGGAGUCCAUGCCCCAUCUCCAAAUGUCUUGAAGUCUUCGCCUGGUGUUCUCGUGCCGUCUGGCAGCUUCUCAUCACAAUACACCAUGAUAGGUGCCCAGCAAAUUGGCCUGGGGUAUAACGAUCGAGAACGAUUAGAAGCGAGUGACAGGUCUCAAAGAGGGGCCAUGGGAUUGAGAAUAGCAAAAAAGAUUGUGGAGAUGAAGGAGGUCGCUGUUCUGGCAGCUCCCAAACGCGCUUCAAUUCAUGCUUACCCAAGAACAAGAUCUUACAAAUUUGGAACUUGGAACAUGGCAGCUGGAGCAACCGAAGAUGCUAGUGGAAAGAGCAUGAGGGGAAGUGCGACGAUGCUUUACGAACAGGGGGCUCGAAAGCUGCUAACGCCAACCUCGAAAGUUGAGAUCGCGGCCAAAGCGAGGCAGACCUCUAUGCACAACCGCCUGUGCUCAGACAGCAUUACCCAAUCAGGAAAGUCACCAUACUGUUUCACCGACAUGGUUGCCGGCUUGGUCCAGGUUGUGGCUGGCCACGACUUACUUAACGAAGCUUCUUUAACGGUAUCACAAUUUACCGGCGACGAAGAGCGGCGAAGAUUUGAGCAAGAAGUGCAUACCAAACGCACUCUUCACCUGUGUUUAGCACGGCUUGUAUCUUACUAUAAGUCCGCUCGGAAUUGGGAGCCAAUGCUCUGGCAGAAGAUUGAUGGCGCGGAUCGGUUCCGGCGGGCAUCGUUUUGCACUACCAAGCUAGUCUCGUCUCGACUAAGAGAGAUGCUGAGAACCGGCUGGAGGCGGCUUCCGUGCGUGCUGUUUCAGCCAAUGGUUACUAUUCUCUCGAAUGCGAUUCCAAAAACUGAGAGAUGA